GCGGCUGCUUCGCGUUGGCAGGGUUACACUAUUACCAUGGACGAGCCAAUCUCCCUCAAUAAGUCCCUUUGGAUUUUUGGAUAUGGUUCCCUUAUCUGGAAGCCAGAUUUUGAAUUUACCUCCAGUAAAGUGGGUUUUAUCGCUGGAUAUAGCCGCAAGUUCUGGCAAGGCGAUACCUUCCAUAGAGGCAGUCCGCAAAUGCCUGGUCGAGUGGUAACAUUACAAGAAAAUUACGAGGAUUGCACAUGGGGUGUGGCUUAUGAGGUUUGCGGUAACCAAAUAGAAUCCUCUCUACAGUACCUGAAUGUGCGUGAAUCCGUCCUUGGUGGCUAUAUCACUAAACUGGUUAAGUUUUACCCUCAAGAUGAAGGAGAAGGAGGAGCAGUGUUGGCACUUGUGUACAUUGCUACUCCUCAAAACCCAAGCUAUUUGGGACCAGCUUCCGAAGAGGACAUCGCAGCACAAAUUAUAGUAUCAAGUGGACGCGCAGGGCAUAAUAUAGAGUAUCUCUUACGCCUGGCAGACUUUAUGCAUAACUAUUGCCCGGAUGCAGAAGACAAGCAUCUGUUCUCUAUAGAAGAAUCUUUGAUAGCCAUUCUUCCUUGCCUCUACAGCACUGAUGACCCAUUGGCUGUACUAUGCUGAGACUGAUAGUUGGAGUGUAUAUUUUGAGGUCAAUAUGAUGGCUCUUUUUCAAAACAUUAUCACUUACAUCAAAGAACAUCAUUUUAUGACCAAAUGUACAGCAGCUUUGUAAUAUAUCUUUUUAAUUGCUUUAAAUCCUGCCAACAUUGUGAGAUGGAUUUACACAGUUUACAUGUUAUUCCUGUACUGAAAAUGUGAGGGGGUAUACUGUAUUAACUAAUGUUUGAUGUCAGUCGGUUUUCCAAACCCUGCGAUUAACAAAUACGGUUUUAUUUUAGAUUGACUGCUUACAGGUGCUUUAUUUGGGCAAGCAGUUAAAGCAACAGCAGUAAUUGGAUUGGGUUGUUAACUUUUGUGGAGGUAUAUUGUUUCUCAGAGGAGCAGGUCUUUUCUGGGAAUUGUACAUAAAAAGUCUACCUCAAGGUGUAUAAACCACUUGAGCAUUCCCAUGUUCAAAUUUCUCAUU